GAACCGGGGCCUGGAGGUUCGGAGGCAGAGGCCGCUGCUCAGCGCGAGAGUGCGGGGCGCUGCCCUCUUCGUACAGCAACCCCGCGCCGCCAUGGGCCCGACGCAGAAGCCCAACGUGUGCCGCCGGCUGAGUCGCCGGGCUUUGGGCUGUUUCUCGCGCGACGCAGGCGUGGUGCAGAGGACGAACCUGGGCAUCCUGCGGGCGCUGGUGUGCCAGGAAAGUACUAAAUUUAAGAAUGUGUGGACAACUCAUUCCAAGUCACCUAUAGCCUAUGAGAGAGGAAGAAUAUAUUUUGACAAUUAUCGGUGCUGUGUUAGCAGUGUUGCAUCAGAGCCAAGAAAACUUUAUGAAAUGCCAAAAUGUUCCAGAUCAGAAAAAAUAGAAGAUGCUUUAUUAUGGGAAUGCCCAGUGGGAGAAAUGCUUCCCAAUCCAUCAGAUUAUGAAUCCUCACUUAUAGCACUGACCGCUCAUAAUUGGCUACUUCGCAUAUCAGCAACUACAGGAAAAAUCCUUGAGAAAAUAUAUCUUGCUUCAUAUUGCAAAUUCAGAUACUUGAGCUGGGACACUCCUCAAGAAGUCAUUGCAGUCAAGUCAGCUCAGAACAAAGGCUCAGCAUCGGCCCGGCAGGCAGGCAUUCAGCAGCCUGUUUUGCUGUACCUUGCGGUAUUCCAUGUUCUACCUUUUUCACUCAUAGGAAUUUUGGAGAUCAACAAAAAUAUUUUCGGGAAUGUUACAGAUGCUACCUUGUCUCAUGGAAUACUCAUUGUGAUGUACAGCUCAGGACUGGUCAGACUCUAUAGCUUCCAAGCCAUCACUGAGCAGUUCAUGCAACAGAGACUUGACUUAGGGUAUGCCUGCAGAUGGGGUGGGACUACUGGAACUGUAGGAGAGGCUCCUUUUGGCAUUCCUUGUAAUAUUAAAAUCACAGACAUGCCACCAAUACUCUUUGAGGUGUCUUCCCUGGAGAAUGCUUUUCAGAUUGGAGGCCACCCUUGGCACUACAUCAUCACGCCUAAUAAGAAGAAACAGAAAGGAGUGUUCCAUAUUUGUGCCCUAAAAGACAAUUCCUUGGCAAAAAAUGGGAUCCAAGAAAUGGAGUGUUGUUCUCUAGAAUCUGACUGGAUCUAUUUUCAUCCCGAUGCUUCUGGUAGGAUAAUACAUGUUGGCCCAAACCAGGUGAAAGUUUUAAAACUAAGUGAAGUAGAAAAUAGUAGUACCCAGCACCAGAUCUCUGAAGAUUUUGUCAUUUUUGCCAACAGGGAAAAGAACGAAAAUGAGAACUUAUUCACUGUUACAGCUUCUGGACGGGUGGUAAAAAAAAGUUUUGACCUUCUGGAUGAUGACCCAGAACAAGAGACUUUCAAAAGUGUGGACUAUGAAGAUGAGUUGGAUUUACUUUCUGUGGUAGCUGUAACUCAGAUAGAUGCUGAAGGAAAAGCUCACCUGGAUUUCCACUGUAAUGAAUAUGGAACUUUACUUAAAAGCAUUCCUCUAGUGGAGUCAUGGGAUGUGACAUACAGCCAUGAAGUCUAUUUUGACAGAGACUUGGUGCUACACAUAGAACAGAAACCCAGCAGGGUCUUCAGCUGCUAUGUUUACCAGAUGGUGUGUGACCCUGGGGAAGAAGAAGAAAUCACAAACAGAAAUUGUGAAAAAGAGUGAGAUAAUUUAAAAUUUUGAGCUGUAACUUACAAGACUUUUAGCAACACUCUGUAGCAGCUAUAUCCAGUCCUCCUUUUUAUUAUCUGCAUAGCAAGUUGUCCGUAUUUUCCAGAAAAGGUCCUGUGUGGACUCCAAAUGACUAUAACUUCUUUUUUAAACUCUUGCUAUACAAGGUGGUAAGGACUUUAUUUUAUGUAAAGAUAUUUUAGAAUGACAUCCCAAGAAGUCUGGCAUUUUGGAGCUUUUGGCUCAGUGUUGAUACAAAUAUGCAAUGUUGGGGAACAGAGAAGACAGGUUAAUCCCAGUUGCUGGGGAGAGGGUCAUUAAUGGAGGUCUUUAACAUGGUUCUUAAAGGGUGGUUGUGGAGUUUUAGUUAGUAAGAACAGGAGGGAGAGAUGAAAAGAAAGAUACAAAAGAUACAGAAAUGAAUCCUGUUCUCUAUACCAGACUUUGCUUAAGGUUGAAUAAGGAGAUCUGUAAUGUGAAAACAUAUUUUGGAGCCAAAAAUGUGUCAUCACAGUUUUUUUUUUUAAUCUUAUGUAUGUUUUGUGUUUUGUAUUUGUAUAUAGUAGCAGGAAUUGGCUUUAGUUCCCAAAUUAUCUUUUCUUCUAUGGUUCUGUUUUCUUGGUUUGAUGUUCCUGUUGAUUAUUUGUCUGUCUUUCUUAGACUAAUGUAAGAUUCCAAGCCAUAUUCAGGUUAACUUUUUCCUGGCAUGUAGCCUAUUCAGCUUUUACUACAUCUAAGAACAUUGUGCUUAUUUCACCAUUCUGUUUAUUUGAUGAGCCUUCCAACUCUGCUUAGGCAAUAUUUUCAUACAUAAGCGAUCAGGUAAAGGUAUCCCAGGUCUCACCAGUUCUGCUCCCCGUAGAAGAGUAGAUAAAGUCCCAGGAGCUCUUACUAGCUUGGAAACUGACUGAUUAGCCAGAAAAAACCUUUUGGCUCUGUCUUACUGUGAAACAAGUAUUUUUUCAUCUUUGUUAAAACCGAUCUGAAUAUGAUCCUUAAACAUAGAUAAUCAUUCUUCAGAAUGUUAAAUAAAAGAACAUAAGUAAAAGAAGAAAGUGUUUCUUUGUGCUUCCUGUCUGAGAAGUGCAGUUGCUUUCAAUCCACAUGUAUAGCACAUUUCUCUGAUUCAAAAGUAAAAAUAGAAGGGGAGAAAACAGCAGUAAAAAUUAUUGCUGAUUCAAAUUUAAGGUAAAAAUAUGGGAUUUUAGCUUGCAUGAGUUCCAUUAAAAUCCGAGUUUUUCCUUUGAUUUUGGCUUGAUGCCAUAUUAAGAAUGAUGUGAAUUCUGCCCUGUUCUUCCUUUGAAGUUUGCAGAUAAAUUUCAAGCCUAUUAUGACCAACAGGGCUGAGAAAGGUGUUAGCUAUUUAAAAAGUCAAGAAGUUAGUAGCAGAGUCCAUAAAUUUAAAAGACAUAAAGGGAACAAACCUAAAACUGUCUUUUGAGCAAUUGAAAAUUACUAACGUUUAAGAAUAAGGGAAAAUAUUUGUAUGUAGGCUUAAAGUAGAUCUUCUUGAAUCUAAUGCUAUAUAUAAUAACUAUUUGAGAAAGUAGAAGUGAUUACCUAUAAUAAGCAAGAUGAUAAAUCUUCAUAUAUUAAAUUAUAAUACUUUUAUAUCUCCUAACUGAAAGAUCCAUUCUCAUUUUAUACAUAUUUAAUAAUUCUAUUUAAUAUAAUAUUUGAGGCUUUCAGAGCAUUUUAGAAACAUGAUUUUUAUUAGAAAGCAGUUGAGUAGUUACAGUGUGCUAGAUUUUGCCCCAAAUUUCCAAUUAGAUGCUAGUUAUAAACAAUCCUGCCCAGUGAAUUUAUAUCUUGAAAAACAAGUCCAGUAAGAAUAAAUAGAUUUAAAAUGCCAGAGAAAAAGAAAGAAACCAGUGUUGUAUGGGUUUCAAAGCAGGUGCAGUGCUUUGUAAAAGCAGACAGCCUACUCUCCAUUUCCAAGAGUGUUUAAAAAGAGGUUUCUCGCAUUUCCUCUUCUCCUUUAAGUCAUUGCCUUCUUUUGGUGAAAUGAGAGAAAGGAACUCAUCUACUCAGAAAGACAGCUUGGAUGUCUGGCAGCUUUUUUGGUGGGGGUCAGGAUGACUGGGUGGGCUACUUCUAGUCUAGAUGUGAACUGACUGAUUAGAAAUUGCCAGGUGUCACCACUGCACUGCCAAAACCAAGCUAGACCAGGACCCAGAUGCCGUGUAGGCCAGGCAAGGAAUGCGCCUUGGGUGAAAAACAGCAGGAAGUCGUGGACAGUGUAACAGUAGGAGGGCUUUGCCCCAUCAAAAAAGGGCAAGCUGCUACGACUUAGUUUCUGCCAAUUGUAGCACUGUGUGGGAAUGUGGGCUGUGGAUUGCUGAAUGUGAAAAAAUACCAAAGAUACAGAAGAUAGCAAAGAAUGUGGGCAAUUUAUAGGUAAUACACAUAACAGAAGACAAUAGCAGCAUGCUUCCCAAAAAAAGAAUGGGUUUCCCAGUCCCCACAGUGGCGAUGCUGCCAUUCAUUAUGCCCCCCAAAUGUGAGUCUGCCAUUCUCUUGGGGUGGAGGGAAGUGGUGGUUAGUAUCCUCCUGCCCCACCAUAACCCUGUUCUUCACUUGACUGUCCUGGAGGCUUUAGUGGUGUGCCUGCAUACUUAACAACUGCUAGUGACAAGCAUAAAAUAUUAUGGGAAAUAUUUCUGAGAGCUUAAUGCAGAGCUGGGUGAAGCAGGGUAGCUUCUUUCACGAGGUGCAGAUGUUAAGCUGAUAACAGAUGUAUUUCUGUAUUUCUGCUCCUUGAUCUAAUCUGUAUUCUCACAGUAUUGAGGCAGCAAUAUUACUGUUCUUUGACUUUCUAAAACAUUUCUCACAAUUCUGAGAGAAAACAAAUCCUAUCAUAGUUGCUAGUUUAACUACCUACUGAGGAGAUGAUACUGUUCUAUCUAAACAAAUUAAGGUACUCCACAUUCUUCCACCACUUGAAUGUCCUGUUUCUUGUACUUUUAAAAAUGAUAACUUGUAUUUAUUGAGUACUUUCUGCCAGUCACUGUGAUAUGUAUAAAAUGAAUUGCCUCACUUAACAUUUAAAAUAAAUAUGUAAAGUAUGAAUUGCUGUUAUCCUGCUACAUCUUACAAAUGAGGACCGUGAGGCCUAUAGAAGUUAAUUUGUCCAAGGUCCUACAACUAAUAAGUGUGGAGAUGGGAAACACAUCCAGCUGUGUUUGACACAAACUUAAUGCUAAAUUUCCUCCAAAGCUCUCAAGAAGCAAAGGAUUUGUUUUAUCUCAUGUAUAGCAUACUGAUAAUAAUAAUAUUGGGGAGAUAGGAAAAUGCUUAAUAAGUGUUUUUUUAAUAAUGAUAUCCAAAUUUUAGACAAAGUUUGAAUGUGCUAUAGUUAGCCUAUUCACAUAUAUACCUUCACAUAAAAGAUGGUUCUUUAUUCAUUUGUUAAAAGUCAUUUUUUAAGAAGAUACAAAAAAUGGUACUCUCAGGCUAUUUGUGGUGUUAAUAAAAACCAGUAUUAGUAAUUACUCUUACUGUAAGUUGGCUUCCUUUUCAAUAAUUUUUAUAUUUUCCUACCUUUCUUACAAUGUUUAGAUAUAUCAUUUACUUUUUUCCAUUUUCCUGUUGAUGGACACUGGAAUGUUUCCACUUUUCUUCCCCACUGUUACGAAAUUUGAAAAUUUCAGGCUUAAUUUCUGGCCCCUGUGUUACCAAAGAACCUCUCUUAGAAUAAUUUAUUUCAGGCAAGGAUAGUAGAAAGGUAAGACCAACUGAUGACUUUUCUCCAUCCUUUUAUUAUUAAAAAUUUCAAACAGCAAACUACAGCAAGGUUUAUGGAAUUUUACAGUAAAUACACAAAUACCAGCCACAUGACUUCUACAUUUCACUCUACAUGUUUCAUUACUUAGCUAUCCAUGUUACUUUUGUGAUGCAUUUCUAAAUAAAUUGCAGACAUCAGUGUAAUUCUCCCUAAUACUUCAGCAUGCAUAUCAUUGAGUAGAAUUUAAUAUUGUUUAGCUUUAAAAUUUUUAAAUGUGCGCUUAUAUGCAGUGAAAUGCACAAAUGUUAAAUACAAAUUUGCUGGGUUUUUGCAAACACAUACACCCAUGUAGCCCUUCCCAAAAUUUAGAACAUUGCAGUCAUCCCAGAAAGUUUCCUCAUGCCCCUUCCCAGUCAGUCCCCACCCCACCUCUCAGGUAUAACUACUGUUCUGUUUGCCUCACAGUUAAAAUUGCCAUUCAAAAACUUCAUAUAAAUGAAAUCAUGCAAAGCACAAUGCUUUUUUACUCAGCAUGUUUCCGAGAUUAAUUCAUGUUGCAUGUACCCAUGGUUCAUUCCCCUUUAUUGCUGAGUAUUCUUUUGUAUGAAUAUGUCAUAGUUGGCUUUUUUCCAUUUUCCUGUUGAUGGGCACUGGAAUGUCUCCACUUUUCUUCCUCAGUGUUAUGAAAUAAAACUGCUGUGAACAUUCCUGUAUACAUUUUUUUGGUGAGCAUGUGUCUUUAUUCCUCUUGUAAACAUCCAAGGAUGGAAUUGUUGGGUCCUAGGGUAUGUUUAGUUUAAUAAGAAACUGCCAGACCUUUAUUCUAAAGCAUUGUACCAUUUUACAUGCCUGCAGCAAUGUAUGAAACUUCCAGUUGCUCCAUAUUUCUUCCAACGUUUGUGGUGGUUUGCCUUUUUUAUCUUAUCAUUUAUGGAGGGUAUAUAGUCAUUUCUAGUUGAUAUUUAGAUUGUUUCUACUUGUGUCUAGCAGCCCUCUUGUCAGGUCCAGACCUUUAUCCUUUUUAACACCACCUUCCUCCAGGAAUUGCUGAAACAUUCUUUCUUUGUGACAGUAAAUGUAACUGAAAACUCAGCUAGAGUUAUUCUUUCUCAAACAUGGGAUACAUUGCUCACCGAGGAACCCUGUUUCCUUUAAUGGAGAAUAACAGUAUAGAGCAAACCUGGGUUGCCAGCGGCACACAUUGGACUGUUCCACAUGCCUACUGGAGCAGGGUAAGAUGGCACCAGAGAAGAGGCUCCAUCAAAUGUUGUAAUAAAAGCAGAAAGUGACCUUUUGUUUUCAAGGUUAUGCGGUCAUAUUAUUUAUAAAUCAGAUGAAUUACUGGUCUAAAAUGAAAGCAUAUUAGUAUUAACAAGCUUUCUCUUUUCUCUGAUAACUGUUGGAUUUAGUGUGGUUUUAGUUUCUAUUCCCUUAUUAACUAAUGAUGGCAAGCACAUUUUCAUGUGUUUAUACGCCAUGUGUAAAUUUAAAAUUUUCUUAACAUUUUUAUUAAGGUACAAAGGCCAUACAAUAAACUGCACAUAUUUAAAGUGUACAAUUGAUAACUUUUGACAUGUAUACACCUAUAAAACCAUCACAAAAUAAUGCAUCCAUCACCCAAUAAAGUCUCCUCUUGCUCCUUUGUAAUCCCUCCCUUCCUGCCUCUCCUGCCUUUCUAAGGCAACCAUUAAUCUGUUUCUGUCACUUCAAAUACAUUUACACUUUCUAAGCUUCCUCUCCCCAUUUUAGCUCAAUUGUAUAUAAAUCAAACCACACAGUAAGUAUUCUUUUUUCUUUUUUUCCUGGCUUCUUUCACUGAUGAUAGUAUUUUGAGAUCCAUCUGGAUUGCAUACAUCCUACUUAAUUCUUUUUUAUUGCUGGGUAGUACUCCAUGGUACGUGUGUAACCACAGUUUGUUCAUACAUUUACUUGUUGCUGUAUAUUUGGGUUGUUUCCAUUUUUUGGUUACUACAAAUAAAACUACUAUGAACAUAUGGUACAAAUUCUUUGUACAGACAUAUGCUUUAUUUCUUUUGAGUAAAUACCAAGGAGAGAAUGGCUGUGUCAUAUAUUAUGUAUAUGCUUAACUUUGUAAGGAGCUUGCAAACUGUUUUGCCAAAACGGCCAUGCCAUUUUAUAUUCCUGUCAUCAAUAUAUGAGAGUUUCAAUUGCUCAUACCACACUUGAUAUGGUCAGUCUUUUUAAUUAGUUUAGAUUUUAUAUGUAGAUCUAUAAUCCAAUUUUUGUAUAUGAUGCAAGUAUGAAUCAAAGUUCUUUUUUUUGCAUGUGGAUAUCCAGUACUUAGAGGAUAGUUCUCAGUGUUUCACUGCUAAGUGUGGUAUUAACUGUAGGUUGUUCAUAGUGACGUUUUCUCAGUUUGAGGAAGUUCCCUUCUGCUCCUAGCACUCUGAGUUUUAUUGGAUGUAGCAUCUGGAGUCUGUCGGUUGCUUUUUCUGCAUCUAUUGAGAUGAUCAUAUGGAUUUUCUAUUUUAGUCUGUAUGGUAAGUUACAUGGAUUGAUUUUUAAAUGUAAAACCAAUCUUGAAUUCUUGGGAUAAAUCCAUCUGAGACCUCUAAAUUUCUAACCAUAUUUUGACUCAAUUUUUGCAGUUCUGUAUUUUCGCAUUGUGCCAUUUCCACAAUAAUGAAUUCAUACCAUCAUAUUUGUGCUGUGGUACAUGUUAAUUGUUUCUCAUUACAUUUAGGUGACUUUCUGCCUUUACAAAUAAUUACCAGACUUUUUUUUGGCCCUUUGCCAGAGGUUUCAUUCUCAUGUGAACAAAAUUUAACAAGUUAGGAUUUAUAAUCUUGGAGAAGCCUUGGGCACAUUGCCAGCCUCUCCCCAUCUCAUCUCAGUCCAGAAAGUUCAUUAACUAAAUAAAAUUGUAUCUGAAGUAAAAAAGUCAAUACCUGUCUGAGCCCAGUUAAUGCUUUGAACCCAUUUUAGUUGAAUAUACAUUAAAACCUUGGACCACCACAGAAACUUACAGUUAAUUAAACUCAGAAAGAUAAAAUCAGUGAAUGGAUUCAUACUGAGGACACUCCACCUGCUCAGGCAAUAUGCAUCCAUAAAUUGAUCUUUCAAAUGAAAUUUUCAAAAGGAAAUAAUUUGCCAAUAAGUCCUUUACCAAUUCUUUUACUAAUAAAAGUUUUAUGGCUCCAUUAAAUCUUUUUUAUUUCUUCUUAGACGGUCAUCUGCUAAAGUAGACAAUUAUUUCUGAAUUCUUCUGUUUUAAACACUUUUUCAUUGAAGGUCACAUGCUCCUAGGGAAUAGUUUUUCAAGCUUUAUCUGUAAGAGCAACAAGAUUUGUUAUAGCGUGCUGAAAGAAUUACAGUUCAAAAGUCAUUCUAAUGCUUAAUUUUCUUGUCUAUAAUCUGUCUUUCUGUCUUUAGAGAGCAAAUCCAAGGAGAGUUAAAGAUUUCCCAGCUCCACCCCUCCCACAUCUAAAACCUCAGUUAUUACACAGUAUCUCCUAGAAGAUGGGCUGACUGAUGCUGUAUCGUGAACUUGUAGUCCUUCAGCCCACUCCCACAUCUUAUGUAACAUCCCAAGUGUCUCAUUCCCAGAGUUGGUCUUGGUCUUCCUUACCAGCUGGACUUGUGACCCAGUGGUUUCUAUUUCAAUUUCUUCCAGAAAGUCUUGGAUACCUCUCCCACUUUGACUAGAGUUAGGCUGAUCAUAUGAUUUAUUGUCCAAAUGUAGACACUUGAGAGUGAAGGGAAACAUUACUAAUCACUAUGCCUAGACACCAGGCAUAAACCAAGCCUCUUCUAAGCAUGGUCACCCUACUUAAAGCUAAUACAAGUAACCAGGAAAUUAUUCAUCUGUCCAUUUACAUGCUGUAAUUUCAAUAUGGUGCGCCAGACUUCACAUAAUCAAGGAGAUACACUCUAGGAAAACAGUUUCUCAUUUACAUUCACAAACUACUUAUUUACACUCCCCUGUGCCAACAGUAGUCCUAUUCCUGUGCUGGUAUUCUAGUGUCUUUUCUCCUGCAAUUUACCUGUGUCUUCCUCAAAUCAACCUAGCCAUUUUAAGGUCUGGGGUCUUUGUGUCAGGCUCACAGUCUGUGUCAUCAAAUAGCAAAGUGAUGAGAAUGACGGAAAGACACCAACAGAGGACAGGAAAGCUGUGAAGAAAAGUGUGUGAACCUUUACAGAGAUGAUCCCCAAAAUGCAGGGACCACACAGCAUGCUGGAAUUACAGGCUUUAAAAGUUCUUACAGUGAUGUACAGCUGAUGAUGAUAUCACUUAAUCCAGGGUGAGGCUCCUCCAGCCAUGAGCUGCCCCAUUUUGCCGUGUCACAGGGAAUUUUGGACUUCCCUGCUCUGUGCUUCCUGUUAACCACAUACAGCAAGUACAAAGCAAUCCCAGCAUAUCCCUCAGUUUUUACUGUGUGAUCAGGUAAAGUGAAGAUCAAUCUGCUAGGUUUAACGUUCCUCAGCAGGCCCAGACUUCAUACAUGUCGGGAGUCCAUUUCUACAUAAGUCCAAUGUUGCCAGGUCUUACAAUGUUUUUAAGUGAUAGAAACCUUUAUGUUAAAUGUUCCAAUUUUUAAAUGAUGUCCCUCAAUUCUGAUUUUAAAACUACAUAAGGCAUACAAAAUUAAUCUGCAGGCUCAUGACAGCUGUCCAGCAUAGUCGUGAGUGUACCUACCGAGGGCCAAUUGUGUUCACUUCUAAACCUUGUUUUGCUAGUUAUGUGUGUUAUUGUAAUUAUUUGUUUAUUAAAUAAUCCAUUAAAUGUAUUAAAAGGAAAAGUUUGCUUUUUCUAUUAAAAAGAUUAAAUGCUUUGAAAAGACUUUUAAAAUCAGGUCACUAAGAAUUUCUGUGAAAGAUGGAGAUGACUUAGCCUGGGUUCUCCCCAUAAUAAGCCUGAAGCAAAAGCUUGUGUGCUACUUCUUUGGUAAUGAGUGAAAUCUCGGCAGGAAUGAGUGGGAGGAGGAAGGAGCAGACCCAGAAGGAAACCCAGUGUGAGGACACCGUGUUUAGCUGAGCGCCACUAAGUGCAGAGAAAUGCCUCAACUCAUGGACCAGCCUCUGGAAAGUGACGCACACUGUGCCUCAGGGUAGUAUGUGAAGGCCAGGUUAGAGAGAAAGGGGGAAGAAUUUGUCUUCCAGCUCCUAUCUGCCACUCUUCAAAGGCUCACCCCCAGGACAUAACUCCUCUGAAUUUCCAAAUUGCCCAAGCCGGAAUUCACCUGAUAGCAAAUAGGCAGGAAGCAGGGGGAACUCAGCAAUUUGAUAAGAAUGAGGUGCUGUUAGGCAGGUUGUCCUGGUGUGACUUGCAGAGUUCACACAGAGUAGUGUUGGUAGCAGUGCUGGAAGAGGAGAGGGGUGAGGCCAAGAGAAUCUGAAUUUGUGCAUGGUGUCUGCUAAAAGGGCACAUUGAAAAAAAUUGGAAGGUUUCUGGACUCAUUUCUUGUGUGUUUGAGUCUUGUCUGCUUAAAAAAAUACCAGUUCUAUAAAUUAUAUAUGCAGUGAGUGUGUUUUCUGCCAGGAAGAUGGCAGAGAACACCAAUCAGCAAACUUAAAUCUAAAGAAAAGGCCUUGGACAAAAUGUCGAUUAUAUUAUUAAUUAGUCACAGGGAUGAAAGUACAGCACAGAGAAUAUAGGCAAUAGUGCUUGCUGUGUUGACAGAUAACUAUAUUAAUUGGGUGAGCAUUUGAUAAUGUAGAUAACUGUCAAAUCACUGUGAACAUGUGAAACCAAUAUAAUAUUUAUAUCAACUUUACUUCAGUUAAAAAUGUUAAAAAUAGAAAUGCCAUGGCCUCAUAUCAAAAUAGUUAAAUGAAUGUGCCUGUUUAUGUUUUAAGCUGGAAUAAAAUCUUUACAGGUUGUAUGUAUUUUUAUACAAUGAUUUCCUUAUUAACUUUACAAAUUAACUGACCAACCUUCCUUAGUAAUGUCAGAUAGUACAGCUUCUUUAUAUUUUCUAAAAGAUUAAGCCUCACUGAAUUAUUUCAUAGUUCUUUGAUGUUAGUAGUUGGGGGAUAUUGAUUUUUUUGUAACAGCUUUAUUGGGCUAUAAUUCACAUACCAUAAAAUUCACCCUUUUUGUAAAGUGUACAAUUCAGUGAUUUUUAGUUUAGUCACAAAGUUGUGCAACCAUUCCCACCAUCUAAGUCUAGAACAUUUUCAUCACCGCAAAGAGAAACCCUGUACCCAUUAGCAAUCAGUUCCAUUUCCCUUCCUCCCAGUCCCUGGCAACCUCUAAUCUUUCUGUAUCUGUGGAUUUGUCUCUUCUGGACAUUUCAUAUAAAUAUAUAAAUGGUAUCAUGCAAAAUGAGGUCUUUUGUGUCUGGCUUCCUUUACUCAGCAUAAUGUUUUCAAACCUUCAUCCAUGCUGUAGCAUCCAUUCCUUUUUAUGGCCAAGUAAUUUUCCAUUACAUAAAUGUAACACACUUUGUUUAUCCAUUCAUCUGUAGAUGAACAUUUUUUAACUGUUACCAAUAAUGCUGCUAUAACCAUUUGUGUCCAUGUGUUUGUGUAGAUACAUGUUUCAAUUCCCCUGAUAAAUAUCUAGGAGUGGUGUCACUGGCUCAUAUGGUAGCUCUAUGUUUAGCUUUCUGAGGAACUUCCAGACUUACACAGCACCAUUAUUCAUUCCCAACAGCAAUGUAAGAGAGGUCCAAUUCCUCUACAUUCUUGGCAACACUUCUUAUUUUCUGUUUUUUACUUUAGCAAUCCUAGUGGGUUUGAAGUAGUAUUUUGUUGUGGUUUUGAUUUUUAUUUCCCUAAUGAGUAAUGAUGUGAGCAUCUUUUCAUGUGCUUAUUAGCCAUUUGUUUGUUUUCUCUGGAGAGAUAUCUACUCAGAUCCUUUAACGAUUUUAAAGGGAUUGUCUUUUUAUUGUUAUCAAACUUCUUUAUAUAUUCUGGAUACAAGUCCCUUACCAGAACGUGAUUUACAAUAUUUUCUUUCAUUCUGUCAGUUGUCUUUUCUCUUUCUUGAUGGUGCCCUAAAGCACAAAAGUUUUUAAUUCUGAUGAAAUCCAGUUUAUCUAUUUUCUCUUUUGUUGCUUGUACUCUUGAUGUCCUGGCUGAGAAACAAUUGCCUAAUCUAGGGUUGUGAAGAUUUACUCCUAUGUUUUCUUCUAAGUAAACACAUUUAAGUUGGUUAUUUUAAUCUGUAAUCUUGGAAUGAAUGGGAUUUAAUGUUAACACUACUUACUUUUUACUCUUUAUUCCUCCUUCAGUUACCCAAGAAAACAAAUAGUAGCUUGAGUCUAAGUUUAUUCACAAAUGUAAGGCUGUGGUCUUCCCUUGAAGGGGUGAGCAUGAGGGUUUUAAAGGGAUGUUUCUGGGAAGUAAUUGUUGAUGAGAGAAAACAGGUGCCAGCUACUAGCCUCACUUACAGCUAGAUUAAUAAGGUUUCAUCUUCUUAGAGGCAGUGUGGGGGAAACACAAAGGUACUGCCAACAUACCAGUCCGGGCCCAGUGACAGUGGAGUUAUCUGUCCCAGAAUUUUUAAGUCUGUUGCCCCAAAGUUCGUGUAAAUGUGAUUUUCACAGGUGCCUACAGUACCCAUUCCAUGACGCAGUGAAACCUGUUAUUUUAUAAAUAUUGACUCUAAUAGGUGACAGGUUUUUUAAAAAUAAAGAUUGACCCUAAAUAGUGACUGUCUUAUAAGCUUGUGUGAAUUUCUGAGCAAUUAACCUUUUCUGUCUCAGACUCUUAUCUUAGAAUUUUGACAAUGUGCUAUGAUAAAUACCUAUUACCCAUUUUGAACUUAGUAGACUACCCAGAAGUCUUUUGAGUCAUUGCAGGGUUGGGCCUACUAAUACUAUUAAAACAUUUAGACACAGUAACCUCUGUUGCUAUCUCCUAAGUUUGAUAAUUGAACUCAUUAGGUGCUUUAUCUACAAAGAAAAGCAUUGUUAAUUUUGCUUUUAAUAGCAUCAGAAUAAAGCAAGAUGCAUUUUAAUAACUGUUGAUAACUACUGGAAGAAAUGUAUGUUAGGCAAGGAAGUACAGCUAGUAAUAAAAUGUCCCUGUCAGUGAAUACUGUGAUUACCUAUAAUUACAUACAGAUUAAUGAAAUAAGACUGUUUUCAUGUCUGCUGAUGUUAACCUGAAAUUCUGAUGAGUGAGAAAUCCUGUAUUUUUGUGGACUCAGAAGUGUAUAGUCAUGACAGUCUUUCUGUAAACAAUGUCAUUUGGGGUAUAGUACUAUAGGUAGUGUUUUUAAUACCUAGGCUAUGUACUCAUUUUUGAGGUUUUGGAAAUACAUUGGUGACUCAGGGGAAUCAACGAAUUUAUCAGGAGGGAGGAAAAUUUGCAAAACAUAUUUUUAGCGAAACAGUCCAGACUCAUGAAGAACUAUGAGGAAGAGGGAGACAUCCUGAAAGCUGUAGGGAUCCAUGGUGGUAGAAACCCUACCUGUGAAUCACAGCUCUUUGGCCUCAUGGUCCUUAUCACAAAGGAAGGAACUUAGUUUGAAAUGGUUUCUAAUAGUCUUUCCCAAGUUUGGUCUCUUUUCCAAGAAUGGGGCUAGAUCUCUUCAAAGAACCAAGUUAUCAAGAGCCACCAUGUCUCAGGGGCCCGUACGUGUGCGGUAAUGGGGUCCCUUACAGUUCCACUGCAGGCACAAAAUUCAAAGUGUUCAAAAGUGAAAAGUCAGCCUUUCUCUCACCCACCUUUCUGGGGGUUUCUGGACUCUCUGAUCCUUAUCAUUUAUACUUAGAGCUACAGUAUACCUGGAAUUGAUAUUUGUUUAUGGUAUUUGGGAUAUUUGAGAUGGAAGCUUAUUCUUUUUUCCUUUUUCCAUAAAAGAAAAUAUCUAAUUAAUCCAGCAUCGUAAGUGCCACCUUUGCAGUGACAUCUUUUAUCAUGAAUCAGGUAUCUAUAUAUGGACUCUACGUUCCAUGGUUUAUACGUCAAUAUUUUCAACAAUAUCACACUGCAAUAAUUACUAUAGAUAUAUAAUAUGCCUUAAUAUCCAGUAGAGUAUGUCCUCACACAAUUUUUUUCCUCAGGAGUGAAAAAAAAACCCCGUUAUUCUUGACCCUUGACAUAUUCUUUGCCCUUACACUUUAGAAUCCAUUUGUCAAUUCCACAAAAAUUAACUCACUUUAAUUUUGAUUGAGAUUACAUUAACUCUAUAGAUAAACCUAAAGAGAAAUGACAUUUUUACAAUACAAUUUUGUCUUCUCAUACACUUAAUGUAGUAUAUCCUUCCAUUUAUUUAUGUCAUUUUCAACUUCUCUAAAAAUGUUUUUAGGUUUUCUGUAUAGAGGUAUCACACAUCUUUCUUCAAAUGUAUUUCUAGGUAGCUGAUAUGUUUUGAUGUUACUGUAAAUGGUGUCUUUUUAAAAUUUCAUUUUUUAAUAGUUUGAUGCUCAACUAUGGAAAUUCCAUUGAUUUUUUGCAUACUAAUCUUUACCUUGUAAAUUUGUUACGUUCAUCUAAUAAUUCUAAUAUUACUCUGUAGAUUUUAUUUUCUAAUGUGAAGAAUUCAAUUUUAUUAUUUCCUCUAUUUCAUACUGUUAUUUAUUUUUCUUACCUUAUUUUAUUGUCUAAGUCCUGCAGUACAUUCAGUUGUCAGAGUAAACACUGUUAACAUUUCAUUAAGUACUAUGUUUCCUGUAGUUUUUUUCCCAUAAAUAAGCCUUAACAAGUUAAAGAAAUUUUCUUCUGUCCCUUCUUUGCUAAGAAUGGUUUUUUUAAUGACUAUGUGUAGGAUUUUAUCAAUUUUUACAUCUAUUAAUAUAAUCAUGAGUUUUCUCAUUUCUGUUUAUGUGGUGAAUAAAAUUGAUUUUUGUAUUCUAAAAGAGCCAUGUAUUCCUGAAAUAAACCCAAGUUGGUGGUGAUGUAUCCUUUUAUAUUUUGCUGGAUUGUUUGAUUUUAAUCUAAGUAGGUUAUAUUAAUUUGCAGUAAUCCCGUGUUUUUGAUGCAAUAAUUAGAAAAUAGAAUGGAUAAAUUACAAAAUUACAUUUGUAAAGAUGUCACAGAGUUGUAGAACAAGGAAGAAGAGGUAAACUAAAAUUCCAGAACAGUAAGAUCUCUUCCUAGAUAAGCUAAUGACUUUCAUGGUUUAAUUUCCCUGGUGGUCUUGAUUUUAGACAGAGAGAGUCUUCUAGAAGAAAAAGAAGUCAGCAGAAUCUUUGAAAGUCACACAGGACUGAUGUAACCUACUAGACAUUUGAAGAGAACAAAUGCAAGGCUCUUUCCCCAUGAGAUAUUUCCUGAGUUUUAGGGUGACGCAUGAGGCAGGGAACUGGGCCAGAAAGGCAGAUUAUAAUCUCCCAUUGUUUUGUGGUGCUUAGGUGAAAAAAAUCCUAUGGGGAAAGGAGUUUUUCACAAAUUCAGUAUCAGCCUCAGUUUGCUAGGGCUGCCAUAACGAACUAUCACAGACUGAGUAGCCUAAAUACAAAAGUUUUUUUUCUCACAAUUCUGGGAGAUUGAAGUCCAAGGUCAAGGUGUCCGCAGGGCCAGUUUCCUCUGAGGUCUCUCCUUGGUUUGUGGAUGGUGAUCUUCUACCCUGUGUCUUCACGUGGUCUUCCCUCUCUGCCUGUCUGUGUCCCAAUCCCCUCUUCUAAGGAAACCAGUCAUGCUGGAUUAGGGCCUACCCCGGUGAACUCAUUUUAUUUAACUUUAUUAUUUCUUUAAAGACCCUACCUCCAAAACAGUCACCUUCUGAGUUACUUGGGAUUAGGACUUCAACAUAUGAAUUUGGGGAGAGGGUACAUUUCAGCCCAUAACAAUGGGGUUGGAGGCUAAAGAGCUAAGUUCAAACCUCUGAAGGAAAGAACUGAAGGCUUUCAGUACUUAGAAAAUGGAAACUUUACAAACUCUCAAUUAAAAGCCCUGACCCAACUCAAUCACUAAUUGGACUGAGGUAAUCUGUUGCUCAGUCUGUCUGGCUAACUGAGGAAAGGUGCACCCCUCAGUAAUGCUAGAUGCCAUCUAGAGCCUUCCUCUUGUACACGUAAGUUCUGCUAUAUAAUAAAAGAUUACCAGACAAAGUAAAGAACAGGAAAAAAUUACUGAUGACCAAGAAAAAAUACCGGUAAUAGAAGCAAACCUUCCUUUCAUUGAGAAGGCUUUAACUUACAGAUUCACUUUAUUAAGGGUUAUUGGAUUGCUCUAGUUUUUCUUCUUGUGUCAGCUUUGGAGAAUUGGGUCUUGCUUGAAAUUUCACCCAAUUUUUCAGAAUUAUAAAGUUGUUUAUAAUAUCCUUUGUGAUCUUUUAAUAUCUAACGCAUUAGUAAUAAUGGUAAGCAGAUGUAAAGUACCCGAAAGUUCAGUUCACAGCUGGUCCAGGCUGUGGUAAUGUGAGGUAUUUAAUCUUUCCCUUGAUCAGUCUCACAGGAAGUUUAUUUGUUCAUUAACUUUGUUCAAAGAACUAUCUCCUGGCUGUGUUGAUUUUCUCCAUCAUGUGUAUGUUCUUAUUGCAUGACUUUCUGCUUUUAUCUUUAUUUUUCCCUUUUUUUCACUUUCUUGGAUUUUCUUUCUGCUAUUUUUCUAGUUUUGUGAGAUAGCUAUUUAGAUCAUUCAUGUUUCAGUCUUCUUUCCUAAUAUAUGCACUAUAUAUGCU